AUGGUGCCAAAGUGGCCACAGGCUGUUGAUAAAGGCAGACAGAAUCAAGUGUCAUGGAAUAUAGUGCAAAAAUACCUCAAAUUCACCAUUGCACUCGUGGGCAAGGUGCUUCAGCAGCCCCCGAUGAGCGACAUCCUUCAUCAUGUUCAGAAUGCUGUUAAAUAUAUGCAGAACAUUCAGAGAGAUAUCUCAAUCAUCAAAAAUUCUGUAGGCCUCAGUGCCACUCCGCCAAAUGCCACCAAUUUCAGUGAGGGCAAAGCAACCAUGUCCUGGGCGCAGGUGGCGCGUGGUAGAGACAAUGCUAUACUACCAACACCAGCUGCUCAAGGCAUGUCCACCACCAAGGCCAAACCCACAGUCACGGCAUACAGAGAUCGAGCAAUCAUAGUUAAACUCAAGGAUCACAGAACUGUCCAGCGCUUCUGA